GGCGAGAGCGCGAACCCAACUAAUAAUCAUGCAACGACCCGCGGCGGGGCUCUCGGUCGUUCGCUAUAUAUGCCGGCCACCCGACUCCAACCAACCCAACACGACGCGUCGAUUUCCGCUACGGCGUGCUUCUCUGAAAUCAACAGCCCAACCCCUCUUAAACCCUCUCAAAAGUUCGCGGAACUGCUCGGCGAUCGAUCCAAUGGGGGAGGUCAUCCCCGCCGCGGAGUUGCUGUACGGCAUGCCGUUGCUUCGGUCGGUGACCGGCGGCGACGGCGGCGGCGUGGAAGCUGGCGGCGGCUGCGGCGCGCUGCUCGCGGAGCUCAAGCAACUGUGGGGGGAGAUAGGGAAGAGCCGGGAGGACAGGGAGCGGAUGGUGCGGGAGCUGGAGGAAGAGUGCAUGCGCGUGUACCGACGCAAGGUCGACGAGACCACCGGAGAGCGCGCGAUGCUGCACCAGUCGCUCGCCGCCGGGGAGGCCGAGAUAGCCGCACUCACGGCCGCGCUCGGCGCCGACAACAGCCCGCAGCUCAAGGUAAACAAAUGGACCAUGACGUUGACCGAGCGGGUGUCGUCGGCGACAGCCCUGCUGGAAGAGCUGAGGGCGAUGAAAGCAGAACGGAGCAAACAGUUCGCUGGCAUACGGUUCGAAAUCGAAAAGAUCACUGCUGAAAUUGCAGGGAGGAGCUACGGGUAUGAGGCUUCCCCCAGGGCCUGCGAGGUGGAGGAACAUGACCUGACCGUCAGGAGGCUGAACGAGUUCAGAACACGCUUGUCGAAUCUCCAGAAAGAGAAGUCUGAUCGGCUUCACAAGGUCCUGGAGCACGUCACCGAGGUGCACUCGCUGUGCGACGUGCUCGGCGAGGACUUCAUCGCGAUCGUGAACGAGGUCCACCCGGGGCUGCACGAGACGGCCGACCCCGGCAAGCCCACCAGCAUCAGCGACGGCACGCUGGGCAGCCUUGCCCAGGUCGUGGCGAUGCUCACGUCGGAGAAAGCCAAGCGGGCAGCCAUGCUGCGAGAAGCCGUGGUGCCGCUGGUCGAGCUGUGGGAACUGAUGGACUCGCCGGAGGAGGAGCGGCGGAGUUUCAGGAAGGCGACGGCCAUUCUGACGCAUGGAAAAGAGGAGGCCCUGUCCUCCGGCGUCCUGUCAGUGGCCACCAUAAAGAAGACGGAGGAGGAGGUGGAGAGGCUGACGAGGCUCAAGGCAGGCCGGAUGAAGGAGCUCGUGCUCAAGAGACGGGUGGAGCUGGAGAACAUCUGCCGGAGCAUGCAUGUGGAGCCUGAUGCAAGCACCGUGCCGGAGAAAUCCAUUGCGUUGAUCGAUUCUGGUCUUGUGAAUCCUUCUGAGCUCAUGGCCAGCAUCGACGAACAGAUAGCCAAAGCCAGGGAAGAGCACCAAUCCAGGAGAGAGAUCAUGGAGAAGAUAAACAAGUGGCUGCUGGCGUGCGAGGAAGAGAAAUGGCUCGAGGAGUACACUUUGGAUGAAAAUAGGUUCAAUACCGGCAGAAUUGCACGUCUCAACUUGAAACGCGCCGAGAAAGCGAGGCUUAUCAUCACCAAGAUUCCAGCUAUCGUUGACAACCUGAUGAGCCGAACACUGGCAUGGGAGAGCGAAAGAAAGAAGCCUUUUCUGUACGACGGGGCUCGCUUAGUGGCCGUCUUGGAAGAGCACAAGCAAGCCAGGCUGAGGCAGGAAGAGGAGAGGAGGCGACUCCGGGAGCAGAAGAAGCUUCGCACCCUGCUGAGCGAGAAGGAUGCGAUGCCGCACCUGAAACGGCCUGGCAGCAGCUUCGGCAGGACCGCCGAGCCCUGCAACGCGAACCGGAAAAGGGUCGACGCGGGCAGGUUCACGUCCCCCGCGCCGUCGGUGCGCAGCGGCGCGUCCUCCAGCGGCAGCAGCGGCGGUGCUGCAAGCGCAGCCGAGCUCCUCAGGCCGCGGUCGUCGGCGCCGGGGGCGGGGGCGGGGCAGUGUGGGGAACUAUUGAAGGGCGCGAGGCGGCUAUCGGCGCCGCCGUUCAACUACGUCGCCGUGCCCAAGGUGGGCAGCAUGUCUUCGUCGCUGGCGCUGACCUGAGCUCGCCUCGCAGGUCAGAAGUGCAUGCGUAGCAAUGUGGCCGUGUACAUACUGUUCCAGCGGUGUUCUACCGGGAAUUCUUUUUGAAGGAUGGGUCAUUCAUGUUGCAGUUGUUUCCCUAUCUAUUUCGAGAUGUUGUAUUGUUGUUGGCUACACCACUUACAGCUGAUGCAGUAUAUAUAUUUUUCUUUUCCUUCCU